AGUUUUCGUCUUAGAGUUGUGAAUUCAUAAUUGCAGUUUUCAAGUUUUUAUUCCGUUAGCUGUUAGCAAAGCAAAGAUGCCGCCUAAGCCAAGUGGUAAAGCCGUCAAGAAGUCUGGCAAGGCCCAGAAAGCCAUCCGCAACCCUGAUGCCAAGAAGAAGAAGAAGAGGAAGGAGUCGUACUCUGUGUACAUCUACAAGGUGCUGAAGCAGGUGCACCCGGACACCGGCGUCUCCUCCAAAGCCAUGGCCAUCAUGAACAGCUUCGUCAACGACAUCUUCGAGCGCAUCGCCGCCGAGGCGUCCCGUCUGUCCCACUACAACAAGAAGUCCACCAUCACCUCCCGCGAAAUCCAGACCGCCGUCCGUCUGCUCCUCCCCGGAGAGUUGGCCAAGCACGCCGUGUCGGAAGGCACGAAGGCCGUCACCAAGUACACCAGCGCCAACAAGUAGACUGCCUAAUGUUGUUGAUCUCAGAAAUGGUUUUGUUCACGCUUCAGAUUAGAUGUGCUGUAGUUAUUGAAAGGUGGGCACUGGACAGUCGGGAAUUUUUUCCAACCGAGUUCUAGUACUUCUGAUUUGUCAUCGUUUUACAUUUGAAUUGUACAGUAUUAUUAGUGUCAAUUGUCAACUGCGGGCGAGUUAAUUCAAACUGUCCAGUAUUUGCGCAAAUUAAAGAUCAUGAGAAA